GCUGCUGUGGCUCCUUGGACAGCCCCUCUUCUCCAGGGAUAUCCUUGUUUCUCCAGCGUGAGCUUUAAACCAGCACAUAAUCCCAGCUUUCCCUUGCAAAGGGAAAAAUCCAGAUUAUUUUUCUGGGAUUUUUCAAGCAGUUGGCCUUUGGGUCAAGGUCCACCUCUGCAGGGGAGCACUGUUUAGAGCUCCUGUUUCCAAUCUCGUUAUCCCAUUCUUUUCAAUCCCGCCCUUUUGCCCGUGACGUGGCUGCUCCCAGCAGGAAGAGGACGGUCACAGGGAACCAUCCAGUGCUGCCUUCCCAGCUCUUCAUCCCUCUGGAGUUCCCAGCCCUGAGAGCAUGUCCUGGAAGGGGGAGGGCACGAGCCCACCUUCGUGUUUCAUCCAGCGCCUGGACCACCUCGUGCUGACUGUGAAGAACAUUGAGAACACUGUGGCCUUUUAUUCCAAAGUCCUGGGCAUGGAGGUGGUGACUUUCAAGGGGAACCGCAAAGCUUUGCGUUUCGGCCAGCAGAAGUUCAACCUGCACGAGGCUGGGCAGGAGUUUGAGCCCAAGGCUCGGCGCCCAGUGCCCGGCUCUGCGGAUUUUUGCCUGAUCACAGCAGCGCCCCUGGAGAAGCUGCUGGAGCAUCUGGAGGCCUGUGGGGUGCCCAUUGAAGAAGGUCCCGUGGCCAGAACUGGUGCUGUGGGUCCAAUAACCUCCAUCUACUUCCGAGACCCCGACGAGAACCUGGUGGAGGUUUCCAGGUACUGCACAGCUGGGGCUGUGGACACCGAAGGGGAGCCCUGACCACAGCCCAUGCUCUGCCUGCGUCCCAGGGCGCAGAGGCCAGGUCUGGCUGGCCCAUUUACAGAUCCAAGCUUUAAUUGUGUAAACCUGGGACAAGCCUCAAAUCCCAGCCACAAAGUAGGGCUGCAGGAACAUCGGGAGUUCUCUCAAGGCAGCCUGCUCUGCUCUGGAUGUGAAUCCUGCUUUUAUACAUCCCUGCCACGGAGACUCCAUGGCCUUCGUGGAAGAUCUGUCCUGCUGCUGCUGCGCUGCAAUUGUUGGGACAUUUUUCCUAAUUCCUGCUACCCCUUCUGCUGCAGUUGAAGUCCUCAUUCCUACACUGUCCACCUGUCACUCCCCUCCUCUUCAGAGUCACUUUUCCACAGCUGGAAAUUUCUGUCUCCCUUCCUUUCAUCCUCCUGCUCCUUGUCUCAAGCUGCCUGGUGCUGGUGGCUCUCCCACGAAGGCAGAGGUUUAAAUCCAGCUGUGACUGUCCAAACACACUUCUCACCUGGGAUUUGGGAAUUUGGCCUCGGUGUGACACUCAAAAACUCGUGGAGCUGAAGAUCCAAUCCUCACCCUCAGCUCUGUAUCAAUAAUUGUGAGGGUUGGAAAAAGCAGGGAUGAGGUGCCUACAUGGAGGGCAGAGGUCAGAAGUCCAGGAGUUCACCUGGAUUCGUGCAGGGAUUGAGGAUGGUCUGACACAGGGGAGUCUGAUUCUGAUGGCACCUGGGUACUUGUGGCACUGUCCUAAGUUUUCUUCUUUCUUUAGUAAUUUAAAAAGCCAUUUCCAAGUUACUUUAAAAGUAUAAAACAAUGAGGGACCUGGCGAUUCUCGAGCAGAGCAGUUCCCAGGCUGGCCACACUGAGGUAGCACCGAUAUCCUCACCGGAACAGCGCUGGAAAGGAGGGAGGACUCUUCCGACCUCUGCAGUCCAAAUCCUCUAUAAAAUUGACACAAUCUCUGACUCGUA